AAGUUUACACAUGUUAGCUUUAUUUCAGUAGUCAUCAUAAAGCUGGAUAAAUCGGUCGCAUCGUCACUUAGAUAGCUCUUUCUGCUAAAGUAUAAAACAUUUAAAGUUUGCUGCUCUGGAGUAUGAAGUCAUAUAUAUCAUCCAAUGAUACCAUAUUGAGGAAUGCUGAGUGUUUAAACUGUUAUGCAGAUCUGUUUAGUGUAAAGUGAAUGAGUAAAAGAAGAUUCAAUCAUCGUGUUUGUGGAGCACAGUUAUAUGUAUACCAUAUUGAAUGCCAUUUGAAUUAAACGUGUAUAUAUGCCAAAAAUCAAUCAUUGAGAUUAUUAUGUGAUUUGGGAUGAAGUGUGAUAUGCAAUCGAAGUGUGAGUGAAUUGCUGAAGAUAUUUGUGAUAAACCGAAGAGUUAAUAAGUUGCGACAAUGCAAGAAGUGUGUAGCACAGCAGACCACAUUGGAUCCCAAGUGAAGCCAGAAGCAGCUGGAUUAAGUGUAUUGCAAGGGAAUGCCCUCAUUGAAACAGAUGCAACGGCAUCUCAAUCUCGAUCGCCAUUGAAUCCGACCAAUACUCGUUUGAAUCGUAAAGCGUUGAUGAGUGAUAAACCUAUAAGAUGUGUUACGCAAAGUUCUACAAAUACGGAAACAGUGCCUCAACAAACCCAAGUUCAUCCAGAUUCAUCAUAUUGGAUGCAAAACGAAAGUGGAUUUAUAAAUUCUCAACCAUCGAUGGCCGAGUUCUUAACGCAUAUUGAUUCGGAGAGUCCUAAAUUAAUUUCUCAAGGUUACCCAGUGGGCUCUACCGAAAAUUUAGAUUCAGUUCCAGAGUAUCCUUGGAUGAAGGAGAAGAAAACGGCAAGGAAAAGCCAAACGCAAGCUGAGUUCGUGGCUGAAAACGGAUUACCAAGACGAUUACGAACCGCAUAUACGAACACACAACUGCUGGAGCUGGAGAAAGAGUUUCAUUUCAACAAAUAUCUGUGUCGGCCUAGAAGGAUAGAGAUAGCAGCUAGUCUGGACCUUACGGAACGACAGGUUAAAGUAUGGUUUCAAAAUAGACGCAUGAAACACAAACGGCAAACACUAUCGAAAACUGAUGAUGAAGAUUCUAGUAAAGACGAUCUUAAAGAUUCCAAUUCUAAAAAAUCAUGUCAAGGUUGUGAGCUGCCAUCAGAUGAUAUACCCGAUUCAACAUCGAAUUCAAGGGGCCAGAACAAUAGCACACCGAAUAAUUCGACUCCUAAUUCGACAACAGAAAUCGCAACCUCGUCUGGCAAUGUUUUCAACGCAGACUCCAGUGUCGCUUCAACCUGUAGUGUGGACGAUGAUGAAGAAGAACAUAUCCAAGUUAAGAAAAAAUCAGACAGUCCUUCGACUACCAAGAAGCAUAGUUCAACGGUCCUGAAAACUGCAAGCGCAUCUAAAAGUCAAGAAGUGUUAAAAAAGGAAGCAACUGUUACAGCAUCGUACAUCUCGGGAUCAACAAAAACGGCUCCGUCUGAAGAUUUGAGUAUCAAUAUUCAAACGUCCUUUCAUCAUAUCGGAUCAAAUCCAAAUGUAAGAGGUAGAAUUCAAACGCACGUGAACACAGAAAAUCAUUCUCCAGCAAGUGGUGGAUAUUACGGAGUUCUCAACAAGCAAGAUUAUGCGCAUAAAUUAGAGACAGGUUAUCCUUACGCAAAAAUCGGAUCACACAGUCAAUAUAUCAAUCAGACUUCUAUCCAGAAAUCAGAAUUUCCUCCAGCAAUAAACAUAAAAAACAUCAAUGUUCGCAUACAAUCGGAUAAUGCACGGCUUCCAUCUCAUAAUGAAGGUUACGCUGUACAAAAUGCGCACUACUAUGGUGCUGAAAAUCCAACUUGCAAUAUUCCAUUCAGCAAUUCGCAAUGUUAUCAUAAUGAGUAUGAUGGACAGUCUGAAUUCAAUAGUGGAUAUUAUGAUCCAAAAGCACAAUCAUACUAUUAUGAAGGUUCAACGUAUCAUCACCAUCACCACCAUCACAAUAAUAUUGGACCACAUGGCGUACAACCAUCUCCCUUAGAAUAUGCAUCGGGGAACAGCGUUCUCUCGGCUCCUGAUAUUCCAGAUAACUAUAAUUUCCAUCAGUCAUAUUACGAGUCCCAUUCAGCAAAUAACCCAUUUCAUCAUACACCUAAUCCAAUAAUGAAUGCUUCAAACAUUAUAGAUCCUAUCCAUCAGCAAACAAGCCAGGAUGUUGUAUACACACACAGUAAUAAUAUCCCAAUAAGUUAUGGACCAAAUAACGGCAAUCUAGUUAGUAAUAAUGUACAGUCCAACAUUGUUAAUUUGGAAAAUUCGAAUUCAUCUUCAGAUUUUAAUUUUUUAAGCAAUUUAGCAAACGAUUUUGCACCGGAAUAUUAUCAGUUAAGUUAAUAGGCAAAAACGAGCUUCUUAUAACAACAGAAAAUGCUAUGGAAAUUGAUAGUCUUUAUUUAUCCAAAAAAUAUCUUCGGCUAUGUUUUGUUUCACAACGUGUUUUACGUGCUAAGCAAGCAAACAAUGAGAAAUAUGUGUUAGUGCAACUUUAUUAUUUCGAUAAUCAAAAAUAUAAAUUAUGCUUUAUUUUAAUUGUACAGUUGACAGUUAACAUUCAAUGGAUUUGUUACAAAGGAAAUCGCUAUUCGUGUAAGUAAAAGUUAUUUUAAAACAAUGAAAAACCAAUAAUAAAUAAACCUAAUCCUUGAUUUUCA